GGUCACCCAGCCUUUACCUUAAUACUACCAACUCGCAAGGUUCCCGCAGGCAUCCAUUCAGCAAAACAUCAUCCCGUAUCUCUUUGGUAAUUUCCCUAAAGAUGGACGCAAAGCCCCAGCGUCAUCUGUGGGCUCCUCCCGUUCGAUACGGCGACGAGAACAUCCCACCUGCCGAUCCGAUUCACCAAAGUAAGAGGUCGGACAGCAAGAUCAAGGCAAUGAUGGCGGUUAACGGCACCUUGAACGCACCACCCAAGAGGGCUGCCUGCUUCGACAAGAGCAACACCUCGAAGCCACUAGCCGACGGCGGGAACAAGGACUCGUUGAAGAACAGGGUGAAACCGAUGGUCACAACCAGCAGCACUCGAGACCUACGGUCGGAUGGCAGGGAGAAUAACCGCUCGGCAGUGGAGGAGCAUUAUGUGCGGCCAACGGCGACCUCGAAGGCAGCAUCACACGGCCAAAAGUAUUCCUCGACGGCUCCCCUAUCAUCCCAUGCCGCCAGCGGGGCAUACGGUGGCAUUCGCUCACACAAUACCAUCGCCAAACUCUCCGCACCGGUCAAGAAAACGACCAACGUAUACCGCGACAACAAAGUCAAGGAGGAGAGCACAUCUCAUGCGCCCACUUCCUCGUCAGUUGAUGAUCUUGUUGCGAUGGUCGACAAGCAUAUCAAGGACCCACGCCACUACAAGAGUCAACCGCAACUCAAGUCGGACCAGCAGCAUACCCUACACCGGAAUCAGAGCAAAUAUGUGCCCGAUUACGAGAACCCGAAUGACGUGGAUGAUCCCGACGAUUUAAAUGCCGAUUACGCCGAGUCUUACGAGGACGCGGUCGAGCAAUUAUCCAGAGAUCUCGAUAUUCCUGCGAACACCGAUCCUGCAGCUAUCGCCCACGCAAAUCACAUGUCAAUCGCCCAAGCCAGCUAUGACUCGAUGCCUCAAGGCGCACCACUCGCGCCCUCGAAACCAGUCAGGGCCCUUCCACUGCCCCCCAACGUCUCUGAUCCCGAAGAGUAUUCUGAAGACGACGACGAUCAGGACCUCUACGACGACCAAGGAUAUACCACCGCCCAUUCUUAUCGAUCUCAUUGCGACAAUACCACAGGAGGACCUACCACAUUAGUCGCGCCCAAAACAACCGCGGACAUCCAGAAGGAACUUGACAUUGCGAAGGCAUGGGUUUUGGAGCAUCAAACGGAGGAAGAGGUUGAGGAGGAGAAUUGGGAUGUGAGCAUGGUAGCUGAGUACGGCGACGAGAUCUUUGAGUACUUGCGCGAGCUUGAGGAACGGAUGCUUCCAAAUCCUCACUACAUGGACAUCCAAACCGAGAUCCGGUGGUCCAUGCGAUCCGUCCUCAUGGACUGGCUGGUCCAGGUUCACCAUCGCUUCAGUCUUCUCCCGGAGACCCUUUUUCUCACCGUGAACUACAUCGACCGCUUUCUUUCAGUUAAGGUUGUUUCGCUGGGCAAGCUUCAACUGGUUGGCGCGACUGCCAUUUUCGUCGCAGCCAAGUACGAGGAGAUCAACUGCCCUUCCAUUCAGGAACUUGUGUACAUGGUGGAUCAGGGAUACUCUGUUGAGGAGAUUCUAAAGGCAGAGAAGUUCAUGCUCACCAUGCUGAACUUCGAACUUGGUUGGCCAGGCCCGAUGAGCUUCCUUCGGCGCAUUAGCAAAGCCGAUGACUACGAUUUGGAAACUCGGACUCUUGCAAAGUACUUGCUCGAAGUGACUAUCAUGGAUGAGCGGUUUGUGGGCUGCCCUGCGAGUUAUCUUGCUGCCGGUGCCCAUUGCCUCUCCCGCUUUUUCCUGCAAAGAGGGCCAUGGACACAUGCCCAUGUUCAUUUUUCCGGCUAUACGCUGGCUCAAUUGAGGCCACUCAUCAUUAGCAUCCUCGACUGCUGCCAGGAACCACGCAAACAUCACGGCGCGGUAUACGACAAGUACUCUCAUCAGAGGUUCAAGUCCGCGUCUACUUUCGUGGAAGGCAAAAUUGCGAAAGGUUUCGUGUUGCCGCUUCGAGCGAACGCUUCUAUCAGCGACAGUGCGCAAUCAUAGACCCAACCAUGCCCUCCACCCGUUUGCCCUAGCAUGCAUCUUGGUCAAUAAGAACAUGCUGGCGUAAGGGCGAAUUACCAACUGCAUUGUUAGGAAGAGACCGCAACGAUAGCGGCUCUUUCCUCUUAAUAUGUCCACUAAAGGAGAUGUACAACCAGUUAUGGCGUUGCUUUCAUCAACGACGGCAGCACCUGUUUCGUACCUCCGGGCCCGCGGAUAGCAUAUUCUCCUUUCGGACAUCCGAUACUACGUAUUCUAGACUCUUUCGGUACUGUCUGAUCUAA